AUGCCGCCCAAAUCGAUUCUCAAGAAGACCUCCGUGCCCGCAAACGCCGCACCCGGCGCAAAGCCCGCCAACCCGCGCCAUCUCCAGGUCGCGCUCCACCAUGCAAACAUUCUGGAGGAGCGCAAGCGCGUCGAGGCCGAGGUGCUCGAUGCCAUCAUGACGCUAAUGGAAUAUCCAGCCGCGCCUGAUGCAGAUCCCAAACAGCCGUCUGCUGCCGACGCCCAAUUCUUCCGCGACGCUGUUAUUCCCUUCCAGCCCUCCGACUACGACUCUCUAAUCGAGGAGCGCAACAUCUACGGCAAGUGCGGGUACGCUCUUUGUCCACGCCCCACGAAGAAGGCGCGAUCGACGGCGCGAAAGCAGUUCGUCGACACGCAGCAUGGCGUCGAGAUUGUCGACAGAAAGACGCUGGAGGUGUGGUGCUCUGAUGAUUGUGCGAAGCGGGCGCUCUACGUGAAGGUGCAGCUGAGCGAGGAGCCUGCGUGGAUGCGCCAGGGCGGAUAUGCCGAUAAAAUCGAGCUCCUAGUCGACAACACCGCUGAGCACCAGAUGACCCUCCCUUUGCGACCAAAGGAAGCCACGAUCCCUGCGCCUGUCGAAGACGACGAGGACGAUAUUGCCGCAGCGUGGGCAGCCCGCGAGGAUGCCAUGGGUGACCUUGCCCUCGAGCGUGGCGAGAAGCCGGGUCAAGUGAGCAAGACCAACAACGAUCUCGUGAAAGACCAGAUCACAGAACGCUUGCCGACCAGCGCGCCACCGCAGCCGCCGUCGCUCUCCUCACAGAUCUCGGAACACACUAUGGCUAUCGAGGGCCAUGUUCCGCAGCUCGACAGGAGGGACAAGGACGACGAGGACGAGGACGAUCCGCAGGACUGGGAAAAGCACCUGCCUGGAUGA